AUGUCGGAUUUUGACGCUUCGGACAGGGCUCGCUACAAGAUUGCAGCCAAAAACAAAAAGGGCAAAGCUAUUAAUCUUUCUCUCAAUUCUCAUGUUUCCGCUGUCGUAGAGUUCAAUGGCAGGACCAUCGGACGCGUCGUAUCCGAUCAGCCCGAUGUCACUGUGGCAUUUCUCACCGACACUCAAUAUCCUUCCAUCCAGAUAGGCCUGUCGACUGGUACUAUUGACGACUCCAAGCGCGAUGUCAUCUGCCACAUCUUUCCCCAGUCUAUUGCGACUGAAGGAUUGAAGGACAACAAGACCAACAUGACCGGCUUGCACAUCAACACGCCUGGCACAGUAACACCGGACAACAUGGAGCAGUUCAAGUACAGUCAUUACACCGGAAUACCAGGCGCAGCACAAGCCGGGCUACUUUGGACGGUGGAUCUUUUAUUUAUCCCGCUUCCAGAAGAAUUAACCAUGCCGUCGCGUCGGCCUGGUAUAAAAUUCACUGGCAUCAGUGCCCUUGAGUUGUUAAAGAUUUUUACCCAGUAUAACAACGCUAACGAGCGCGAGAAAAUGCCUGACUGGAAGUUCUUGGUCGCCUAUCUCGCCCUCGGUCAAGGACAAGCAAAGCUGUCAAUACUGAAGACGGUGGAAAAUACUGAGGCCAGAUCCAAGGACGUGGAAACUGUAAAGCAGUUCAAGGAGUACUUCAUUGAUUUGAUGGCCAUUUCCUCUAGGAAUGGUAACAUGUGGUUCUACCAUCGGCAAGCGCCAUCCGGCAUGUCGCUUUCGGACAACGACUUUCCUCUGGACACACUCGACGUGCCCGGGUGGCUGGCUACGGAAUGGAGCAAUGAAGAGCUUGUCUCCAAGCCAUCCAAGUGGCUAUCCGUGAACCCAAUCUUGGCUUAUCCGGACAGAGAGACAGUGUCCUUCACCAUCCGGCUUGCUCUUCAUCGUGAACGACAGGCAUUACAGGCGCUAACAGUCUUCGCGACAACGGAUCAACCUAAUGCCAUGGCUAACUUCUUGGGUUAUCCCGAUCUUCCGGAUAAGCAUAUUGUUACUCUGAAGAUCAUCGAUUUCCACGCUGAAGAUAUGAAACUGCUGCCUCCGGCGGGUACGAAAAUCACCCUGAACUACAGAGACAAUAGCGGCCCAACCCACGUCUACCGAGGCACUGUAUUCGAGGAAACAACUGAAGCCCAUCUGCACGUCUAUGUCCGCGGUCCUCCUCCUCCCAAUGGAUUCAACGAGGCUGUAGAAUACCCGGUUAAAUUCGAAAUGGCCAGCCACGAAGUCCCGAUGGCUCGUUGCAUCAAUGCCGUUGACAUCUUGGCCGCCGGGUCGUCAAGCAAAGAGAGGGGAGUGGAUUUCUCGGCGCUCUUAGGAUACAUUAAAAGAUAA